AUGAAUUCACAUAGUCAAAUUGAAAUGAAACACCCAAUUCAAUUAUUAAAAAACUUAUCACCUGAUUUUUCAAUAAAACAAAAACAUAAAACAUACAACAAAUUUAUGACUUCAAUUAAUCCCAAUGAAUUAAUGAACAGUUCGAAAUGUAUUAGUAACAACAAUGUCAAUCAUAAACAGUCACAAUUACAAUGUACAAUUGAUAAAACACAAUUUAUAAUGAAAGAAAAUCAUAGAAAUAUAACAGUAUUUCACAAUCCAUAUCAUCAUCAUCAUCAUUCUAUUCCUAAUAUAUCUAACUUAGUUAAAAACAAUGUAAACAAUCUUUCAUAUACUAAUAUAAUGUCUGAUGAAGGUUAUUCACAAGGUCAAUUAAAUCAUAUUCCUAUCAAUGAUCAAGUUGAUGGACAAAUUUCAUCGAAUGAUACAUUGAAAACUUUAUAUACAGAAAAUGUUUAUAAAAAAUAUCAUUCUUUACAAAAUUUAAUACCUUCAAAUCAACAAAAUCAUCUAGAACAUCAAACAUAUUCACUAUCUAAAUUGAAUUAUUCUUCAUUCAAUACAAUUCCAUUACAAACAAAUAUUCAUAGUUUAAAACAAAUGUAUCAAUCACAGUCCACAUAUGUUAUUGUUUGUGAAUAUCCAGUCAAUUUAUCUGUACGUUAUAUGGGUAAUAAUCAUCAAAUACCAAAUAUUAAUUUAAUUGAAUUAAGUUAUUUAUGGCAUCAUAUUGGAUGGGGUUAUUUAAUUGCUAUAGCUAAUAGAAAUUAUGAAUUACCUAAUUCAUUUGACUCAAUUACAUUAAUGCUAUGUCAACCAAUUACAUUUAAACAAUUAUGGAUUGGUUAUAUAGUAAUACCGGAGAAAUUUGAUCAUUUCAAUAUCAUUCAUACAUCUUUAAUAAAUUCUGAUCUUAUUCAAUGUUAUAUUAAACAAAUUCAUAAAAAUCUUAAUGAUAAAUUCUAUCAUACACAUUGUAUUGUUAUGAAAUUAAAUAAAGAUACUACUUAUAAUACAGUACAAAUGAAACAGAAACAAUUCAAAUCUCAUUCAAUAUUAAAAUCAAUAUUUCGAAGAUUAUUUAAUAAAUUGUCUAAAACUAAUAAUAAUAUUUAUAAAAAUCAAUUUAUCAGUGAUAAUAAUAUUUUCAUCAAUAAUAAACACAAUUUUGAAUAUUGUAUCUGUAAAAUAGAAUCAAUAGAAUCAGGAAUCAAUGAAAAAAUUCACCAACAAUCAAUGGAAUUCUUUUCAGAAUUGGAUAAAUUAAUUAGUAAUUCAAUAGUAUUCCAUUUUCAACCGGAAUCAGAGAAACAGUUAGCAAUCGAAAGGCAAAGACAUAAAUACAAACUGGAACUAUCAACAUUACAAUCUAAUACAAAUUCAUCAGAAUGUAUUAGAAAUCAAAUAUCUUUUCCCUGUUUAUUUCGACAUAUUUAUUCACUUAGUAGAGAUGAUUUACAAACAAUGAGAACAAUCUAUGGAUUCGAAGUUUAA